CACACACGACCCGAGCCUCUGAUAGGCUGGGAAGCCAAGCCGGGUCGGAGGUCAGAGUUGAACGUUUGACAGAAAAUUAAAUAUGGAGUCCAUAUUCCAUGAGAAACAAGAGGGCUCCCUGUGCGCUCAACACUGUCUCAACAAUUUGCUGCAAGGUGAGUAUUUCACUCCCGUGGACCUGUCAUCCAUCGCUCAUCAGCUGGAUGAAGAGGAGAGGAUGAGGAUGGCAGAAGGGGGCAUUGCCAGUGUAGAGUAUAGGACCUUUCUACAGCAACCUUCUGGAAAUCUGGAUGACAGUGGUUUCUUUUCAAUACAAGUUAUUAGCAAUGCACUUGGAGUAUGGGGCUUGGAGUUAAUCCUCUUCAACAGCAGGGAAUACCAGACACUAAUGAUUAAUCCUAUAGAUGAGAAGGCCUUUAUAUGCAACUACAAGGAGCACUGGUUCACAAUACGUAAACUUGGAAAACAGUGGUUUAAUCUGAACUCACUGUUGACCGGGCCAGAGUUGAUCUCCGACACCUAUCUAGCCCUCUUCCUCGCCCAGUUACAACAGGAAGGUUAUUCCAUAUUUGUAAUCCGAGGAAAUCUCCCCGAGUGUGAGGCAGAGCAGAUCCUGGGAAUUAUGAGGGUGCAGCAGCAACAGCGUCCAAGGCUAAUCGGAGAGGAUGAAGCUAGCUCUAGUAGUGGUCAAAGCUCUGCGUUGGCAAUGGCUUCAGCCAAGCCGCCUUCGAUGGGUGUUACUCUGAGCGGGAGAUUGGUCGCCGAUGUUCAGCCGGAGACGGCCAUGGCUGUGGAGGAUGAGGUAGUGGAUGAAGACGAGGAGGAGCUGAAGAAGGCCUUGGCGCUCAGCAAACAAGACAUGGAGGUGGAGGAUGAGGAGGCUGACCUUCGCAGGGCUAUACAGCUCAGCAUGCAGGGAUCAGUCAUGAGCAAUGCAGCCUCUGAGACCAAAGUGGUGAACGUGAAGGCAGGGGGCCAGACCUACGGUAGUUCAGCAGGCCCCGGAGGCAGCCAGAAUGAGGCGCUCACCGCAGAGGAGCUAAGGAGAAGGAGGCAAGCCUACUUCGACCGCCAAUCUCAGCAGCCACCCACCGUUCCUUUGCAAGCGGAGGGUAAACUGACGUGUACUUCAGGUUCAAAGAGUAGUGAAGCAAGUACUGAGCCGAGUCCACAAAGCAAACCCAGCCAGUAAGGAGUGGUGGCAGAUGUUCCUCUAGUGGCCUACGUUGUUUACCAGCUGCCUGGAGUGGCAACCACAUCCAGGAGUAGCUUCGCUCCUUCCUCUAACCUUUUGCACAUGUGACCACGCGGCCAGCCAGAAGGUUGACACAGUUUCCCUGGUUAAGUCGCUGACAAGCUAUUGAGAAGAAGAAUGAGAGAGAGAGAAGGCAAAGGCGGGACUAAUCUCAGUCUACCCUGGCACUGAGGCUGGAAAAAUGGUGAUUACAGAACUCUGAUGCAGUGAAACCCAGUCUGUAAGGACCUUUUUUACCAUAACGCCUUCAAUAUCCAAAUUGUAUUUGUUUUGUUUAUCCUCACUAUUUUAAUGGAUGGGGGUAGUGUUUAUUUAAGAAGACAGGAAAAUACUUUUAAAAAAUAAAAAGUAUUUAAAAGGAAAACUUGGUUGUUUGCAGAUAGUGUACAUUGUGGAGCUCUUUGGGCCCCAGGGAGGGCUUGUGGUGACUCUACUGAGGAAAAGAUUGGCACUGGAGAUAGAGCUCCUCACAUUUUAACAGUGGUGGAACGUAGUAUGUUUAUGCUUGGGGAUUUUUAGGAUAUGAGAAGUUAUCUGCAAUCAACCAAAACUUUGUAAGUGGUACGAAGGAAUUUAAAUCUAAAGGAAUUAUAUUUUGGCCAGCACCAAAAAAUGGAAGGAUAUUAAGGACAAAAUAUGAAUUGCCUAUAAGCUAUGCUGUAUUGAUCCCUGGGGUGUAUCCUACAGCCAAGUUACAACCAAUUAGAAAUAAUUCAAAUUUGUUAUAGUUAUAUCGUAAACAUUAUAUUCGAUAAAACAAAUUAAAUUUGAAACCAACUAUCCACAAGGGAUGCAUAAAUAAAUAGCCAUCAGUACCACUAAGAUUGGGUUUGGUCAGGCUCAAGUCAAAAAGACUGAAGAAAAAGCUACCAUUUCUAUAUAAGAUGUGUCAAGACAUAGUAGUUACCACAACCUCUAACCCCACACCUACUUGUCUGCUUCUACUGUUCUGCCCACAGAAUAAAUUCUGCUGAUUGUGUUCAACAGCUAGAGAAAGGAAAUCCACUACAAAGGAUAUGUAGGAUGUAAAAGUAUUUUGAUGUUUCAGUUGGGACAUGGUCUAGAUGCCCGUCUUGUUAUGAAAGCUUUUCAGUUACAGUCAAUAUCUAAAUCAGAUUUGAAAGGUGGGUUAGCAUGUGUGGCUGAAUGGGGCUUGUUGUCUGUAGAGCGGCUGCAUUGUUGUAAUACUCAGCUUGGUCCCAGUCUGGCGCAGGCCGAUUUUGAACUGUAGGCUUUUGUUGGCAAUCCACACGCUUAUCACAGAUUGUGCAGAAAAAACAAACAUGUUGGUUUUACAAAGUUGUUUUGGGUCCAAGAAGAGUCAAACUAAAAUUGGAUGUAGAGCAACAAGUUAGAUAUCAGACACCUUCCUGUCUUAUGGAAGUUACUAUGGAGAUGUUUCAGGUAAACUGGGUCAAGCCUUUUCUGGAGAACCGGUGCUUGGUGGUGUGGUGUCCUGUGUCUGAAGUUCACAUCAUUUCAAUGGUGUAAUGCAACAAGCAUAAUGCUUCUCGUCUGCAGCAGUGUCUCUGAGCUUUCUUAAAGAGCACCUAAGUAGGAUAUUAAGACUUUGUUAGUUAUGAGGGGUAGCAUAAUUAGUCAACUUUAAAUCUUUCUAUAAAUCAUUGAUCGGUUGUUAAGGUAAUUGGAGAAUAACUUAAAUAACCGCUUGCUGUGAGCGCUAUCCAUCAAACCAAUUCAUCAAAUCGUUUAUUAAUUUCUAUAGUGUCAUUCCAAAGAACUACGAUUAUAGUUUCAUUGUUCAUUUACAUCGGGGGCUGUACAAAUACUUAUGAAUUAAUUGCAUUCUGGAGGUUUAAUUCUGAUUUUUCUUUUCUUAGCUAGGUCUAACCUUUGAUUGUGGCAAAACCCUGUUUUCUUAUGUGUUUCUGUGUGACAUGCCAAGAGGCCACGCAACCUCACAGUGUAGACCUCCCUCUGUCUGCCUCCUUCAGAUACAACCACAAGUGUGUGUUUGUUGACUUCUUGGGGGAUUCUGUGAUGGUUAUUAGUUGUUUUUUUGGAUUUAUUUGGGUGUUGCUUUGCUGGUUUGGAACUGCAUAUGCAAGAUUUGCAGUAUACAGCGUUGUUUGGUUUUAUAUGAUUGCAUCGUUUUCACUUACUCACAUUCUUUGGUACUAAAAUAAUCAGUUUUGGUAUACAUUAUUCAUGUUAUGGCUGCAGUGACUUCCUGUAUUCAUCUAUUUUUAUUUUGUAUGUUAUUAAAGUGACACUGACCCCAUAAGUAA